AUGGAACGUGGACUUACAGCACAGCAAAUCGAUGGGUUUGGAGCUGUUUUGAAUGAUGCCAGUAAGCCGUUGAAAGCAAGAUUCCGUGCACUUUUCAUCUUGCGGAACAUUGGAUGCGAUUUGUCCAUCAAGUGGAUUGCGAAGUGUUUCGGAGACGACUCAGCACUACUGAAGCAUGAGCUGGCUUACUGUCUAGGUCAAACGCAAAACACGACGGCUAUUCCUGUGCUCGCUGAAGUUCUGAGGGAUACCAGUCAAGAGACGAUUGUGCGCCAUGAAGCUGGAGAAGCUCUUGGAGCAAUUGGUGACAAGUCGGCCCUUUCCACUCUAGAAAAAUACAGCAAGGAUUCAUGCCAAGAGAUUGCUGAAACAUGCCAGUUAGCUGUGGAAAGGAUUCAUUGGGUGAAUGCCAGCGGAGAUAAAACUGAGAGUCCAUACCAAAGCACUGAUCCUACAGCGACAGCUUUAUCCGAUAACGUGACAGAGCUUGGAGUUAUUCUUAUUGAUCCCAACCGGCCUUUAUGGGAUCGUUACUGCGCUAUGUUCAAGUUGCGUAAUAUCAAUACCGAUAUCUCCAUUAAAACUCUUGCUUUGGGUCUUUGUUGUGAAGACAGCGCCCUACUUCGGCAUGAGGUGGCUUAUGUUCUAGGGCAGGUGCAGUCUUCUGUGGCAAUUAAGGGACUGAAAAGUCGACUUAGCCUGAUCUCUGAGAAUUGUAUGGUUCGUCAUGAAUGUGCUGAAGCUCUUGGUGCCAUUGCUACUGAAGAAUGUAUUUCUAUCUUACAGGAGUAUGCUAAGGACGAGGAGCGUAUCGUUCGCGAGAGUUGUGAAGUCGCAUUAGACAUGGCUGAAUACGAGAACAGCAGUGAGCUACACCGCGUAAUGGGAUGCGUACUGAGGCCAAUAUUUGGUAGAGCGGGAGGUCGAAUUAAAUCAAGGCUACUGUACAUGACACGCUAUGCAUCGACUGUGAGUUCUAUUGAUUAUUCGUAA